AUGGGGAAAAUAGCGACCACUCUCGGGAGGAUGAUCAAACAAGAUCAAGCUACUAUGAAUAGAGAUAAACUAGAGUUUGCUCGAGUUUUAAUAGAGAUGGAUAUCUCUAAAGGCUUUCCGAACUCGAUCAAAUUUGAAGAUGAAAAAAGGAGUCUAGUUUAUCUGGAGGUUUCUUAUGAAUGGAAACCAGAAAAGUGUGCUACUUGUGAUGGAAUAGGCCAUACUAGUAAUGUGUGUAAGAAGGCAAAAGUUGUGGAACAAAUGAAGAAAAUAUGGAAGCCGAAAGAGGUGACAGAAACAGUGAAAAAUCCUCCUGAGAAAGAAACAGAGGAUGAUCAGAGAUUUAAAAAAGUGAAAGGAUUUAUUUGGCUCCUUGAGACAAAGGUUAAGGCUUCCAAAAUGGGAGCCUUAUACCUACAAAUGUUCAAAGGUUGGUGUUUUUCGUCUAAUCUUGCUCAUCAUCCUAAUGGAAGGAUUAUCAUAGCUUGGAAUCCAAAUAGUUUUGAAGUGGAUAUCAAAGGUGGUACAAACCAACUUAUUCACUGUGUUCUAAAGCCUAAAAGAGGUCAUAGCUUUGCUUUAACUGUAGUGUAUGCUGCUGAUGACUCCAAAACUAGAGAAAUUUUAUGGAGAGAUCUGGUGACCAUCUCGGAAGGUAUGAAGAUUCCUUGGAUAGUUGGAGGUGAUUUUAAUGCGGUGUUGAAUCCGGAAGAGAGGCUUGAAUAUCGAGGAAAUGCAAAUGAAUUGAUUCCUUUUCAGACCUAUGUGAAUAAAUGCGGUUUAGAAGACGUGAAAUACAAUGGCAGAUUCUUCACGUGGAAUAACAAACAAGAUGGUAAAAACCGAGUUUAUGCUAAACUCAACAGAAUUUUAGCUACCUCGGAUUGGAUAGACACAUAUUCCACUGCUGAAGUCUCUUUUCUUCCUGAAGGAGACUUUGACCAUUCCCCGGCUCUUCUUACAAUUUACCCGAGCAUGCAGAAUAUCAAAAAACCUUUCAGGUAUUUUAAUUUUUGGAAGAACUUGAAUGGUUUUCUUGAUGUCAUGAAGCAGUUUUGGCAGGAAAAAGUUGCUGGUUCUCAUAUGUAUCAGCUGGUGUUUCUUUUAAAACAGCUCAAGUUUGGCUUGAAGAGUUUGAAUAGGCAAGGCAGGGGUGAUGUAGAGCUUCAAGAGAAGGAGGCCUACCAGCAUUUGUUAAAUAUUCAGCAGCAAUUAUAG